AUGAUGGGGACGCGGCUGGCGCUCCUGGCGCUGGUGCUGGCUGCCUGCGGAGACCUCGAAACAGGUGCACCAGACAGGGCAGAGGCCCCACUGGGUCCCCAAAGUGGGGAUGGAGGAGUCAGGCCUAGCUGUGCAGCUGGCUGCCCCAGCCAGCAUGGGGGCCAGCCAGACCCACCUGGGCUGCUGCCGCUGGGGCUGGGGUCACUGGAGCAGGAGGGAAUUGAAGCCUCUCCCCUGCCUGACAGCCCUUGUCCCUUCUCCCCAGCGCCAGCCCUGCACUGCUACGUCUGUCUGGAGCCCACAGGAGUGUCCGACUGCAACACCAUCGCCACCUGUACCAUGAAUGAAACCAUGUGCAAGACAACACUCUACUCCCGGGAGAUAGUGUACCCCUUCCAGGGGGACUCCACAGUGACCAAGUCCUGCGCCAGCAAGUGUGAGCCCUCGGAUGUGGAUGGCAUCGGCCAGACCCGGCCCGUGUCCUGCUGCAACACUGAGCUGUGCAAUGUAGAUGGGGCACCUGCUCUGAACAGCCCUCACUGCCUGGCCGGGGCCCUCACGCUUCUCCCACUCCUGAACCUCCGACUCUAGAGUCCCCCACAACCCCCAUGGCGCUGCGCCAGCCGGCCCUGUGCGGCCCAGCCCCGAAUGCCUUGAAGAAGUGCCCCCUGCACCAGGA